AUUUAUCGUUUAACCUGUUAUGAACUAACUUGAUAUCUUUUAUUUUCCUUAUGUUUAUUGAUACGAUGAACUGCGUCAGUGUAAAGAUGACCAUAAUGAGGUACUUUCCUGCGAGCGUGUUCACGUUAAUCGUAUUGGCGGGAAACGGUCACGUUUUGGCGCAAACUGUCAUUGAAAACCCUGAUGCUUUAGGUCCAAGCUGUCUUACGCCAGACGGCAAGGCCGGGGUCUGUGUGCCAAAUUAUCAGUGCAACUUCGAGACCAAUUCCGUUGACCCCGGAGCGACUAUAGACCUCAGGACGCAGUCAUGCCCGCAUUAUCUCCAAAUCUGCUGCUUACGAGAAGAGAGAGCAGGAAGUAAGACUGUAGAGGAAAUGCCUCAAUGUGGAUUCAGCAAUCCAGGCGCAGUGGAAUUGAAGACUAAGCCUACAUUAGUAGGGGAAGCUGAGUAUGGAGAGUUCCCGUGGAUGGUUGCUCUGCUCAGAUCCACAGCACCGGAUCAGGCGUGGUCACAGGAUGAUUACGUUGGAGGUGGCUCGAUUAUACAUCCUAAAGUUGUACUUACCUCGGCACAUAAAGUGGCACGUUAUACCGAGGCUGAAAUUAAAUGUCGCGCUGGCGAAUGGGACACAACUAACACGGACGAGAAUUACCUAACACAAGAACGACAGGUUGAAAAGAUAAUACAACACGACGACUUUUUCGACCUUCAAGUGUACUACAACAUCGCAUUGCUGGUAUUGAAGGAGCCUUUCAUCUUUAACGAUGCCCCACACAUGGGUAUAGCGUGCGUGGGCAAAGUGCUGCCUCCACCGGGCACACAAUGUUUCACCAUGGGCUGGGGUAAAGACACAACUGGGAAAUACGCCACUAUCUUAAAAAAGAUUCAACUACCAUUGAUCGAUUCUGACCAAUGCCAGCAUUCGUUGCGCAACACAAGGCUCGGCUCUCGGUACCUGCUGCAUCCGAGCCACAUCUGCGCUGGCGGGGUAGUAGGCGUUGAUACCUGCAAGGGGGAUGGUGGUUCCCCACUCGUCUGCAACGUCGGAAACGCCACAGUGGCGCGCUACGCAGUCAUCGGCUUGGUGUCAUCUGGAGUUGGUUGCGGAAAGAAAAAUGUACCAGGAUUGUACACGAAUGUGCCAUUCCUAUACAGCUGGCUGUUAGAUGCUAUGAAUAAGGAGAAAUUGCAAAGCAAAACCUUUACAUAUGAAUAAUUUAAAAAUAAACAAACACACCUUUAUUCCAAUACUGUAUAUCCUUGACUUUUAAAUCGAAAGGAUCUGGCAAGUGAAAACAAAUACGUUCUUUUAAAUAUGUGCUAGCUGUUUCUAUAAAUUUUUGAUCUAUAAUGUUAUCUAGACGCUAGUGAGCUAUGUUUUAAUUUGACUUAUCGCGUCAAAUAACUAUGUCGGACUGUAUCAGAAUAAUAUACACAUGUGUGAUUGGCUUUACUUCUCCCAUGUUGACAGUGUUAGAAUUUAUUUUUCAUCUUAUUGCUUAGUCCGUAUCUUUAUAGUC